AUGACUCUGGGGUGGUGUUCGGAUCCCGAUCCCGGGGCAACGAAUCCUAAAAGGAGCGCGACGAUCCGGCGUACACAAAUCACGGAAAAGCGUGGCUAUUGGACCUCCCUACUCGGCUCAUUGGUUGGUGUUCAUUUUGGUAGUGUGGUACCUUUCAAGCCCAACGAGAAGGAACGCAUUCGUUACGACACGACCAUUACCCCAUCGCGGAUUAAUUCCCCUUCGACGAUGCGAUCGUUCGCCCCACAACACGCGAGUGUAAUGGCGGUAGUCCUGCUAGUCCUGGCCGAAUUGCGCACGUUAUUCCACGUUCCCCAGGACGUUUGGUUGCAGGCGGACCCACCCCUUAGCGGCCGGAUCCAAUUUAUUCUGACGACGGAAUCAUCUCACGAGUCUGACCACCCGAACAACGACACCGCCCCAUCGGCGGCACAGGAGGAAAGUAUCCCCUCCCGUGACGAGGUGACGUAUUUGUACGGAGAGGAACCCGUGUUGCUGGGACUGGAACGUUGUGCGGAGUAUCGUGCGGCACGCGACGCCCGCAACAUUUCCGUCCAAGACCAACAUCUGGGAGGAAUACGGAUUGCCGGUAUGUACAAUACGGGUACCAACGCGAUCGCACAAACGCUCUUGAAGAAUCUGGAAACAGAACAAUACAUGCCCGAUUUGACGAUUCCCGAAUUCAAGGAACGCAAUGGGUGGCAACCCAAUGUAAUAUGGGGCAAGCAUUCGCUUUUGAGCGACAAGUACCCCAAUUCGCUCAUCGCGAUAGAGCGCAACAGUAUUCUUCCCGUAGUCAUGAUCAGGGAUCCGUAUCGCUGGAUGAAGAGUAUUUGCAAGGCUGAAUACGGUGUUUCGUUCCAUUACGUCAUGCCACCAAGAUACGCGGAGCAUUGUCCUGGUCUCGUUGUCACGCCCACCGAAGGUCGACACACUCCGCAGAAGACGCACAAACUCACGGUCACGGAGCUUAAACUGAGCAACGAGUUUGACUCUCUGGCCGACUACUGGUCCGAAUUCAACCGUCUAUACCUGGAAGCGGACUUUCCGCGCAUCAUGGUCCGAUACGAGGAUACCAUUUUCCAUACCGAAAAAGUGGUAGAGGCGCUGCGCGAAUGUGUCGGGAUCCCGGACGACAAGCGUGGCUUCCAGUACCAUACCGCAGCCGCCAAGAAACACGGCCACUCCUCCGAUUUGGCUACCGCGCUUCGCAAAUACGGCACCGAAAAAGGCCGCUACGACGGCCUCACGGCAGACGAUCUACAAUACGCCCGGAAAGUGUUCAACAAUACUCUCAUGGAAACGUUUCACUAUCGUUACGCUCCGGAGUCGUAUUUAGCUCCGCCCAUGGAGCAAGUCUGGAGGUAAUCUGGUACAAAGAGCCUGAACAAAUGUGUGACUUGGACAUGAAAAGAAUACCCUAUACAUUGAGAUGGUCAACGGCGCUUGGCAUUUUUGCCGGGCGUCAUGCCCUACCAUCAAUGUAUUCUUUUCAUACACUGGCACGCAACGAACCAUUUUGGUCUCUGCUUGGACAUACAGGUGGCCACAAGAGUGGACUCUUGCUGGUGUGCCUUACGUGACCUUGAAGGAGGCAACUGCGGUACAAGGGCACUUGCUCUUGACAUUGAUUGCCAAUUCCAGCGAUUGAACAAAGGAUAUUUAUAAAGAGUCUAGACAAAUAUUCCAAGAUAACUCUUUCCAUAACUUACUGUUAGUUUGGGUUUCG